UUGCGGACGUCGCGGGCAAAUAAAACACGCGGGCGGGCGGUUGCGCGAUCCGGGCCGCGUUCCUGCUGCCGGGGGGGCGGGGAGGGCGAGGAGCGGCGCCCCGCGCAGAUGGAGCCCAGCAGCGGGAGCCGCGGCGCCGGGCCCGCCGUCAUGCCGGUGGCGGCUGUGCUACCGGCGGGCGGGAGCGGGGAGCGCCUGGGUGGCGCCACCCCCAAGCAGUUCUGCGCCGUGCAAGGGAGGCCGCUCGUCAGCUACACGGUGCGGGCGAUGGAGAGGAUAAGUUGGAUAUCCAACAUUAUUGUGGUGGUCUCUCCUGAAAAUAUUGAAACAAUGAAGUCUAUCGUUGAAAAAUAUGGCCACAAAAGAGUUAUGAUAGUAAAAGGUGGAAUAACUCGUCACCGGUCAAUUUUCAAUGGCCUGAAAGUAUUUUCAGAGAAUGAAUUUUCCAACCAACUGCUCCAGAAACCAGAAGUAGUGAUUAUCCAUGAUGCUGUGAGACCGUUUGUUGAAGAAGAUAUUCUUUCAAAAGUGGUUAUAGCUGCUAAAGAACAUGGGGCAGCAGGAGCAAUUCGUCCUCUAGUUUCCACUGUUAUUGCCUCUACUGCAGAUGGCUGUUUAGACCACUCACUGGAACGUGCGAGGUACAGAGCGAGUGAAAUGCCUCAGGCUUUCUUGUUUGAUAUAAUCUACGAAGCAUACCAACAGUGCACAAACUAUGACCUGGAUUAUGGAACUGAAUGUUUGCAUCUGGCUUUGAAAUACUGUAAAACAAAUGCCAAACUUGUUGAAGGAACAGCUGACCUCUGGAAGGUGACCUACAAGCGGGAUCUGCAUGCAGCUGAAUCGAUUAUUAAGGACAACCUAUCACAACAAGUUUGUGUUAUUACUGAUGUGAAGGAAGCUGUUGCACAAGUAGGUUUUCGCCUUCAUGAAUCUCUGAAAAACCAAUUAAAAGUUGAAGCUAUAUCAGUAUCUCUAAGCAAAAAUGAUAGCCAUCUACAGAACAUCUUUUCAGGACAGUGCUACAAUUUUGUUUGUGUAAAUGAUAAAAAGUAUGCCAUUCAAGAAACCCAGCAACUAGCGGAUAUGUUGGAAAAAUCAAAUAUUCCUCUCUUAUAUCCAGUUGUCCUUAUUUCGGUGCACUUGGAUAUUUCAGAAAAUAUUUCUUUCAGCAUUGGGAUGGAAGAACUAACUAGGAUCAAGAAAUUUGCAAGGGAAAUGAAAAAGAAAAAUAUUUUGGUUUAUGGUCUCCUUAUCCAAGAUAAGGACCAUUUGCUGCUUCAGGACACAGUAAAUUCUGCUGCUGCUCUUAUCAUGGCAUUAAUAAAAGACAGAAAUGCGGAGCUGAUUGGCCAGCUGUUGGUCGCAUAAGACCAUAAAUCAUGUGUGGCUUUUGGAAAAGUUUCUUUUUCAUCAUCCAUUCACCAAAGGUCUUGAAGCAUUAUACACAUUAAAAACUCUGGAUUUAUGACAUUUACUAUUAAGAUCUUGUAACAACAUAUUUUUGAUACUUAAAAUGCAAGUCUGAUACUAUUAUGUAUAAUGUGUAAAAUGAAAUACAACUCAUUCUGAGAUACAUGGGUACAUACUGUGAGGAAUGAUACUGAAACAUUUUUGUGAGGUACUGAUCAUUCAAAAAGGUGCACAGAGGACACCAAAGCAUUCAUGCAGAAUUCCUUUAACUCAUGUAUGUGUGUUGUACUCUAGGACUGCAUGAAUUGACUCUUAUUUAGAUAAAAUUAUUCUAAAGCACAGCUUAUCUUCUUUAUAAGAAAUUGUUUAAAAAUGCUGCUAUACCUGUUAGUGAAUGUAGAGUUCAUUGUACACUGUAGCCUUCCUGACAUCAACAGAAAUGCAUAUUGCAAGAAGUGUUGGAAGUUUCAGUUCCCUGCCCGCCAUGGAAUGAAAGUAACCUCGAAUCAAAGAAAAGAUGUGCAUGGGGACAAUGAGGUGCUAAACCCCCUUUUCCAGAUGCAGUAUGCUCUGGCUGUAGUACUCCUUAGUACUACACUUCUUCCAGUACCCAUGUGCCAUCACUCAGAGCUAGCUCCAGUAGCUCCACUGAGUACUGUAUUACACAUACUCUGUGUUUGCACAUGUGUGUACAUAUAUAUGCAUGUAUGUGCGUAUGCAUGCUUAAAGCAAAAGGAAAGGGUUAAGACCCCCCAAAAAUGUUUUACAACCCAAUCUGUAGGUAAUGGAGAAAUAGAAAGAUUCUGUUAGCUUAUGUGCAAGAACACAGUUUUCGUCUCUUGCUGAUUAGCCUAUAUGUGUAUUAAAUAGCCGUGAAGAGAAUGGAGCUCUCAAUGUAGAAUUGAGAUAUGCCACAUUGCAUAUGCUACGUGGAUAUUCAAGUGUGUAAAGGUGGGACAGGAAGAUGAAAUGAUGAAUGGUUAUUAUUAUGUGAAGUAUCUCCAGGUAUCGCAACCACUAAGAGCAAUACAAGAGGAUGGUCCUUGAAGACACCUGUCCCUCCUUAUGCAUCAGAUUCAGGAACUGGAGCUCUCCUGCAACUCGUGAAGGGACUAGAUUAAAGUCUUAUGUACCUGCUGUGACUGGAAUAAGGUCUUGGAGAAGUAUCCCCACUGGAAGCGUCCAGUGAGUCCUCCAUUCAGGCUGAGUGAGAGCACUGCCAGAUGAGCAAGUUUCCUUCUGAAACCAGCAUUCCUCUCCCUACUCCCAGCACGUUCCACUCCCUUUUGCACUCAGACAAAACUUAGGAUAGCAUGGUCCAUGCUUGGUCCCCUUCAUCUUUUCCUUCACCUGCCUAUCUGUAUGUCUGCUUUAGAUCUUUUGGAAGCUGAUGUUGAUCCCAAACCUACUUCAUUGUGUGAGAAAAGAAAGUUGUUAGCUGACUGUUCUAUAUCCAAGGAACACAUUUUCUUCUAUGCAGAAGUCAUCCUAAGACAAUUCAUGAAGUUCUCGUGCAUCAUCUGCUUUCUUUGCUUCUCUCUCUUCUCUACUUUGAUUAUUUGUCCUUUUCUGACACUGUACAAAAUAAGCAUUCAUAUUAGCUCUAUGUAUGGCUAUACAAUAGGCGUAUUUUAUUCAUACAUAUAUUCAUGCCUGUUCAUAUGCACAGUAUGCAAAUAAAUGAGGAACUAAAGAAUUUAUUAUUGGUAUUCAUAAUUUAACAGGACAGUUUUCUCAAGUUUUCUGAAUUUGCUUUUACAUUAAUAAAUUUGAUGAGGGAAUUCAUCUCACAGGCAUAAUAAAAGAUGUCUCUGACUAUUUUGUGAUUCUUCUUCACUUGAAGACUAAAAUACAGUCUGAUGGGUUUUCCCCAAAUAAUAAACAAGUGUUAUAAAAUCCUUUAUGUUUUCUGUCCACUCUAAGUUGUACAUUGUGAUACCGCAUUAUCACUGGUUUGUGUGUAAUUUAUCAUUUGCUUAAACAAAACCUUUUAGAUUGUAGGGAUGUUUUACUUACCUCAUUCUCUUAAAAAGAUUUCAAUCCAAUUAAAAAUAUUACCAUAAUGAACUGCUGUAAUGAAAAAUUAUAUUACAGUUGUUUAUGGACUUAUUUUGAAAAGAGAAUAGACAAUGCACAACGAUUAGUCAGUUUCAGGUCAUCAAACAUACUUAGUACUAAUCUUAAAUAGACAAUAAUAAGCUUUAUUAAGGUACUGUUAAUAGUUGCAUUAUGGAUUUUUUUAUCUUUACCAGUCUUUUUAACUAAUCUAUAGACACUGAAAAAUCUAUUGUACUGGAAGCAAGAACACCAACAACAGAACUACUAAAACAGAUCACUAGAACUGCAAUUAAAAAAAAAACAAAACCCUGGACAGUGAUUAAUACUAUUGUGUAUCCAAACCAAAUUAAAUGGUCUUUUGGAUGAUUGUUAAUACUUACAAUGGGAAUAAAGAUAUAAAAUGAAAUUAA